UUCCUGCAUUAUCAUCCCUACGCGCGCGCACGCGUGUGUGUGUGUGAGAGAGAGAGAGGGACGCAGGCUAAUCUCAAUCUCUCCCUCCCAGACACGUCUCUGUCCACGGGAAACACUCAUGACCGGGCGGAUUUAACCCCGGAGGACACCCGGCGAUCCCCGCAGGCCCGAUCGCAGAUCUCCGCCCCCCCUCUCCCUCCCUCCCCCCACUGGGCUGUUGCCAUGGAGAGCUCAUCAGUAGCAUCAGCGUCGUCAGAGGCGGGAAGCACGCGCUCGCAGGAGAUCGAGGAGCUGGAGCGCUUCAUCGACAGCUACGUGCUGGAGUACCAGGUGCAAGGACUCCUGAGCGACAAAAACGAAACAGACCAGGAUGUGGACAAGACACCGUCCCACACCUCACAGUGGACAGAAGACUGCAGUGAUAAGAUUGACGGGAGCUGGUCGUCCUCACGGGGCAGGGGCUCGUCCAAACCACGUCUCUCUCAGGAUGAGUGGGAGCACAGCAGUAAUGGCAGCACCGGUUCUAGACCCAGUUCUGGUUCUAGAUCGGGCAGCAGAGGACGAAACAACCAGUUCAGUGCCCCAGCAAAGAAUGGAAACAGAGACUGUUCUUUCGAUGUUCUGGGGACGGACAUUUGGGCUGCAAACCUGGACAGUCAUGGAGGUGCUACGUGGGACAUGCAGCCGGAGAAACUGGAUUUGUCACAGUUUCACAGGAGGCCAUACAGAGGGACACCGAAACACCUGCCGCACAUCGACCGAGAGGGGAUGAUAAAGGGCAAAUUUGACGACGAUGAUGGUAUUGACCUGGACAACAUGGAGAAAUUCCUGCCCAGCCUUCCGGUUUUUCCUCCUCUGCCUAAUGAAGCUGAGAUCGCACACACGAAAAAACUGUUUCGUCGCCGCAGGAAUGACCGCCGUCGAUUCGAUCCGCCCCAGGAGCAGCUGACGGUGCUGCUUUCAGCCGAGGGGAAGAGGCAAGUGUCCAGGAGACAACAGCGCCUUCCUGGAGGAGGAGGAGGAGGAGGAGGGGCUCCCCUGAAAUCCCAGAAUCCUCUGCAGCAGCAGCAGGGAUUGCAGCAGCAACAGCAGCCCAAUCAGAUGCAGCAGCCCAACGCAGACCACCAAUCAGGUGCUGGCACUAAGUUUGGGGGGCGGGGUUACCAGGGCCAGCAGAACCUGGGCGGGUGGCAGGGCGGCCCACAUCACGGCUACAGCCAGAACCGGCGCUGGCAUCAACAUCCCAAACACCAGACGAACAGUUUUAUUCAGGGGCCCUCGGGGGCCGAUAGGGGUCUAACACGCAAUACCAAAGAGCCAGAGAUUGUAAAACACGGGGAGCCGGAGCCCCACGUGGAGAAAGGAGCGAAGGAUGAGCCUGCGAAAGAGGAGAGAAAGAAAGGAGACAAAGAGGAGAAGACAGAGAGCGGGAAGAUCUGCUUACUGCAGUCGUCUAAAGAGAGACUGAGGAGGAGAUUGAAAGAGAAGGAGGAUGUUCCCGUGGCGACGGCCGGGCCGCAGAGGAACCGAAUGGACAGACUGUUAGAGAUCCUGAACAGCUUGAGGAACAACAGCAGCGGCGUGGAGAACCAGCUCACCACGUUCAUGGAGGAGGCGCAGAACUCGGCCGAUUCGGAGGAGACGCUGAACCAGAUUGUCCACACUAUUUACCGCAAGGCAGUCAGCGACCGAAGUUUUGCGGCAACGGCAGCCAAACUCUGUGACAAGAUGGCUCUGUUCAUGGUGGAAGGAACCAAAUUCCGCUCUCUGUUACUCAACAUGUUACAGAGGGACUUCACGCGGCGCGAGGAGCUGCAGCAGACGGAUGUGGAGUGCUGGCUGGGCUUCAUCACGUUUCUGUGCGAAGUGUUCGGCACCAUGAGGAGCAGUUCUGGAGAGCCGUUCAGGGUGCUGGUCUGCCCCAUAUACUCCUGUCUGAGAGAGCUGCUGGAGUCUCCGGAGGUGAAGGAGGACGCGGUGCUCUGCUGUUCGAUGGAGCUCCAGAGCACCGGCCGGUUAUUGGAGGAGCAGCUUCCUGAAAUGAUGACGGAGCUGCUGGCGGCCGUGCGGGAUAAGAUGCUGUGUCCGUCUGAGUCUCAGCUGACACGCUCGCUCCUGAUGGAGGUCAUCGAGCUCCACGCUCACCGCUGGAGCCCGCUGGAGGCGCUGACCACCGCCUACUACAACAGAACCAUCCAGAAACUCACCGCGUGACGCACACGCACCGCUGGAGGCCCUGACCACUGCGACCCACAACACAACCAUCCAGAGAUGCAAACCAACCACAGAGGCCACGGACACACUACAACACACACAAGCUUUCUAUAGUAGGAGGAACGAAUCGGACAUGGACGGAUGAGGCAUGAGGCAUUAUGGGAUAUGGGGCUGGGUCAGAGGUCAGAGGGUAAAAUAUGCAGAUUGAAAUUAAUAUGAUUAUGUUCACAUUUCACAUCUGCAUAUUUAUGAGGUGAGCCAGACGUGCAGAAGUGAUACCAGACAGUCAUUAGACGCAUACGUGCAGACGCCAGUCACUGUCUGUCAUGCUUUCAGACCAAACCUCCACAUAAAGACAGAAGAAAAUCAAAAGAAAAAAGAAUAUUUUGCAGUAAAAUGAAGCCUAUUUUUAAUCAGUUUAUUUUUCAUUUGCGAUUAUUUUCACAGCUAUGCACAUUCCACCACCCCACCCCCAAUUUUUUUCUUUACGAUGCAAAAAUACAAUUUAAAUAAUAAAUAAUUAUAUUUUGCAUAAUGAUAAUUUUAAGAAAUCACUUUUAGGUUUUUAGAUUUUUGCAUUAUUUUAUCACAGUUAAGCACAUUUCCACCCCAAAAUCUAUCAUGAUGCAUACAUUAUUUUAUUACUUCAAUUACAAUUAAAUUAAUACUUUAUUAUUUUGCAUGAACAGUGAUAAUUUUCUGAAUGAGAUUAGUUUA